AUGAAUUAGUAAACCAAUUUAAAUCAAUUUAAUUAUGAAUUAAUGGAAGAAAAAUCAGUUCCUCAGAAUGGCUUUUACAAAUCCAUAGAAAUUAAUAAAGAAAAUACUUUUUUAUUAGCAUCAACAGAUAUAACAAUAAAUGUUUUUGUUUUUUAAUAGGGAUUUAUUAAACUGAUAUCUUAAUUGUAAGGUCAUAGAAAUUAUGUUACAUCUCUCAAAUUUUUGAAUAAGAAAUCAAGAUUUUUAUCAGGAUCACUUGAUAAAUCUAUUAUUAUAUGGUCAUAAUAAUUAUUGGCAAAUCAAAAAUACAUCUAAAAAAUUAAAGAUCAUUAAAAUCCUAUUGUUGCAUUAGUUAUUCAUCCAAAUAUUGAAAAUAUGUUUAUUUCUGCAUCUUAUAGAUAAAUUUUAUUUUACUAAUACUCUUCUCAAAAAUAAUGGAUUUGUUUAUAAAAAAUAACUGAAAUUGAUGGCAUUUUUGGAUUGUCAAUAAAUGAAAAUGGAACUAAAAUUGUAUUAUGUAGUGAGAAUCAUAUAAUAGUAAUAUUAGAAUUAUAACAGUUAAUAUAAUAGUAGAAAAGUGAUCAGAUUUGGAUAGUGAAAUAGAAAAUUAAAGUCAGAUAAUGGGGUUUUAGAGUGUGUUUUUUAAAUAAUGAUACAUUUGUAUUUUAACCUGUUUCUAAAAAUUGGAAUGGAACAUCACAUUUAAAUGUUUAUACAUUAAAUAAAUUAAAUGAAUUUAAAAUUUAAAGAAAGAUUCCUAUUAAAGGCGGAGGGAAUUUUUGCAUUAAUAAUUUUCCGUCUCAAUAUAAUAAAUAAAAAUAUAUUCUUCUUGUGAAGAAUGGUAAUUACAUAAAUUUGUUUAAAUACACUGAAGGAAAAUUUAGAUUAAAAUAUAAGUAGGCUCUUUGUUUUGACAUUACAAAAAUAUAUGGAACUUUAAGUCAAGAUGGAGAAUAUUUGAUUACUUGGGAUGAAAAGUAAAGGUAAAUCUAGAUUAGAAAAUACACUGAAUUAAAGAAGAUUUAAACUAUUGAAUGA